AUGGGUGGACACCGCCGUGAUCAGAGUGAUAGCCACGUUCCGUUACGGCCUUCUGCAGAUUUUGGAAUUGAAGGGACGGAACUUCAGGUACGACUUGAGAGCUCUCAACACUCGUUACCUUCACCAACAUGCAAUGGCAUCACUAUCAAUAUCGAUCCAGUGGAUCCCGUGCCAAGUCGCUUAAGUCCAAAACUUGUACGUUGA